GGUUCAUCCAACAUAAAAUUGAUCCCAAAGUUUGGGGAGCAAAAAUGAAGGUUUUGGUGGUUACACGUAGCGGCAAAGAACUCAUCAAGGGUGGACUUGAACUCAAUGAUUCUGCUACAGUUGCUGAUCUGCAGGAGGCAAUUCAUAAACGAACCAGAAAAUUCUAUCCUUCUAGACAACGACUCACUUUGCCUGUUCAACCUGGUUCAAAAGAGAGGCCAACUGUUCUUCACUACCAGAAGAGCCUAAGUGAGUAUACUAAGGGGAGCACAGGUGAAUUAACUGUAGUUUUCAAGGAUCUGGGUCCACAAGUCAAGUAUAGUACACUUUUCUUCUUUGAGUAUCUGGGUCCUCUGCUACUCUAUCCUAUCUUUUACUACUUCCCAGUCUACAAGUAUUUUGGCUACAAAGAAGAGCGUGUUAUCCACCCUGUUCAGACUUAUGCCUUGUAUUACUGGUGUUUCCACUACUUCAAACGGAUCAUGGAGACCUUCUUUGUGCACCGCUUCAGCCACGCCACUUCUCCAAUUGCCAAUGUUUUUCGGAACUGUGCCUAUUAUUGGUCUUUUGGAGCUUUCAUUGCUUACUUCGUGAAUCAUCCUCUUUAUACUCCUGUUAGUGAUCUCCAGAUGAAGAUUGGAUUUGGAUUUGGGAUAGUUUGUCAAGUGGCAAACUUGUAUUGCCAUUUAUUGUUGAGAAAUCUUCGAAGUCCCAGUGGUAAUGGAGGUUACCAAAUACCCCGUGGCUUCUUGUUCAAUAUUGUCACCUGUGCAAAUUACACAACAGAGAUCUACCAGUGGUUGGGCUUCAACGUUGCUACUCAGACUGUUGCAGGCUAUAUCUUCAUGAUUGUUGCUGCUAGCAUUAUGACUAACUGGGCUCUUGGAAAGCAUCGCCGUUUGAAGAAGCUCUUUGAUGGAAAGGAAGGAAGACCAAAGUAUCCUCGACGAUGGGUGAUAUUGCCUCCUUUCCUGUAGACCAUUUCCUCGACAAUGUGAGAAAUCCCGAGAGUUAUUUAUUUAGUUGAUCAUUUUCUGUGAACCUGCAACUUUUGAAGGUUUAUGUUUCUCACUAUAGGAAGCAAUACUCAGAUUUUUCUUUUGUAUUACUGUUCCAUGUCUUACCUCUUAUUAUACCAGAUGGUCUGACUUCCAUGAUAUUUGUAGUUCUCACUUCUUUGUGAUGGCUUCAAGAACCAUCUUUUUUUAUAUCUAUUGUUUAUGAGUUAUGAAAGUGAUC